AUGGGGGGAUUGAUGACUGAUGGCUGCAGACCAUGUGUUGUUAUAUGGGCUGUAUUUCUGUUGUCCUCUGUCAUGGGAUACAGACCAGUAAUUAUUGUUCACGGGAUAUUAGAUGGACCCACGCAGUUUGAGAUUUUGGCUAAAUUUAUCAAUCAGUCUCAUCCAGGUACCAAUGUGACCACACUAGCCCUUUAUGACUAUAUUGCCAGUAUGAAGCCACUGUGGCAACAGGUAGAUGGAUUCAGAGAGGCCAUCAGACCCAUCAUGGACAGCGCUGAUGAUGGUGUCCAUCUCAUCUGCUUCUCACAAGGUGGAUUGAUAUGUCGAGGAAUUCUUGCAACCCUGCCGACACACAAUGUUCACUCUCUGAUAUUCCUGUCUUCACCACUAGCUGGCCAGUAUGGAGAUUCGUCUUAUUUGAAAUAUUUUUUCCCUAAAUUUGUCAAGUCAAGACUGUACCAUUUUUGUUACACUACAUGGGGACAAAGGAUAUCUGUCUGCAACUACUGGAAUGAUCCACACCAAAGAGAGAGAUACUUAAAGAGCAGCAUCUAUCUCGCCCCACUCAAUGGAGAAAUAGAGCAUGCCAAUUCAACAGCUUGGCGAGACAGCUUCCUGCGCAUACACACGCUGGUGCUGAUCGGUGGACAAAAUGACGGCGUUAUUACACCAUGGGAGUCAAGUAUUUUUGGGUUUUAUGACAGUAAUGAAACUGUGAUUGAGAUGGAAAAGCAGGAUUGGUAUCUAAGAGAUGCUUUUGGCUUGAAAACACUGAACUCAGAAGGAGCUGUGGUCAAGUGUGUCGUCCCUGGUGUACACCAUACAUCCUGGCAUUCAAACCUCACAGUCUACAAGAACUGCAUAGACAAGUGGCUCACCUAAUCUAACGAAACGGGGAAAAAAGGAAACUGAUCUUGUUAAUCCUCAAUGUAAUCAUGUCUCGUGUAGAUUAUGAUUGUACACUUAUUAAUUACCUAAGAUUUUUUAUUUUUUGCUAACAUAAUGUGAUCAUUUAUAAUGAUUGAUUUUCUAAUAUAUAGUUUUCUAGCUAUUUUCUAUUUUUGUCAAAUCACUUUGAAUAUUGUAAGAAAGUUAUUCUGUUCAGCCACCACAGAUAAUGCAAUUCUAAUGUUCAGUUUUAAUAAAUUAAAUUCUAAAAUAAAUUAUUAAAUUGUUAUAAAAAAAUGAAAUGAUCAUUGUAAAAAUGUGUUUGUCAAGGGCUAGGCUAUUUCUCAAUG